AUGCCACUCCGGACCGAACGCCAGUACACCACCAGAGAGCGCGAGAAAUGCACCAUGCCACAACAGCGGCUGCGUGGCCUCUCGCACAACCAGCUGGCCGCCCUGCCAGCCGGCCUCGAGCAGCUCCGCCGCCUCACCUCGCUCUCCGUCGCGCACAACAAGCUCACCUCGCUGCCGCGCGCCCUCUUCUCCCUCCCGCAGCUCACGCUUCUCUGCGCCAGCCACAACCUGCUCGGGCCGCGGCUGCCUCCCGCGAGCAGCGGCGCAAACUUGCACGCGAUGGCGCGGGCCGCCCUCGACCCCGGACCUCUCGAGACGCCGCCGCGGCUGUGCGCCUUCACGGCGCGACUCUCGCUGCCCGCGAGCGAGGCGUCGGCCGCAGAGGGCGGCGACGCGCCAAAGCGAGCCUCUGCCGACGCCGCGAGCGCCGGCACGAGCUCCUGCGAGUCGGAGGAGGCGGUGGCGGAGAGGGCGGCUGCGGGGCUCGGCAGCUUGCCCGAGGCGGUCGAGGCGCACGUGUGGGUGCGCUCGGCCGGCGGGAGCGACGCCGCGCCCCCGCCGCUCGGCGACCGCUUCCUAAGCUGCCUCGACCCGGACAGCUCCGUGCUCGUCGUCGGGGCGCGACUCACCGCCGCCCGCCCCAUCGCGGCGGCGGAGGGCGUGCUCGGCGCGGUGAGCGGCGCGCGCUCCGUGCUCUUGCUCCUCAGCCACGCCGACGAGGCGCUCGCCGCCGGCGUCGGCCUCGCCGACCCGGAGGGGCUGCGCGCGCGGCUGGCGGCGCGCCACCCCCACCUCUCGCUGCUUCGCGUGGUGGUCCUCCCGAGCGGCGGCGGGGCGGCGACGGGGUGGGACAAGGCGCGCGCCCUCUUCGCCGCGCCGGGCUCCGACUUGCUCCGGCGAGAGCUGGAGGCGGAGGCGCGCAGCCUGGCCGCCGCCGCGCCGCCCGAGUCCAACCUCGCGGCCGCCAUCCUCGCCGCGCUUGCGGACGACGCGGUGGAGCGCGCGCCGCUGUGGAGGUGGGCGGAGUUCCUCGAGCUGGCGACUGCGGAGUGGGGCCUCGCAGAGUGGGACGGCGACACGCUCGCCCGCGAGGUGCGCUCGCUCGAGAGGCGCGGCGCGGUGGUGUGCAUGCCGCCCCGCAGCCUUGGUCCUCCCGCCUUUGUCUGCUCGGACGCCGGUUGGCUCUUCCGCACCCUCGGCUCCGUCUCGCAGCUGGCCGCUGCGCAGGGCGGGCUCGUGUCCGAGGCGGCGCUGCGCUCGCUGCCCGGCGGGGGGGGCUUCGCCGCAGAGGCGGGCUGGGCGGCGGGCGGAUGGAGCAGCGCCGCCGUCUGGAUGACGAGGCGAGAGUGGGCCCCCGCGGCCGACUCGGCGGUGGCAUCGGCGUCCGUCUCCUCGAGACGGGCCCGGCCGGCCGAUUCCACCCCCGUCGCCUUUGAGGUCCGGGUCGAGAUGUCUGGCGGCGGCGGCGCAUACGCCAUCGGCCGCGCCUAUCGCGACUUCAAGGCGCUGCACGCCGCUCUGAGCAAGAGCUGCCCUUGGGCCGGAGAGGAAGGGGCGAGCGGCGGAGGCGUGCCUCUGAGCGCGUGGUUCGACGUCAGCGCGCGCUCGGCGGUGGCGCGGCGCGCGGGCUGCUCUCUCCUGAUGCAGCUCGUGCCCACGGGUCGGGAGGAGGGGGAGGAGGCUGCUCUCGGUGCCGGCAGCGGCUUCCGGCUCCUGCUGCUCGCUCGGGCUCAGGCGCGCGAGCACCACUGGUGGCGGAUGACAGCUGUGGAGCACACUGGUGAGCUAGCGAUCGCGACUCUAGGCGCCCGAGGAGCGACUCUGAUGAAGGAGGCGGUGUUUGCGGCGGCAGAGUUUUUCCCCGAGCUCGAGCUGCGCGAGACGCCCGCCACAUCGAGCGAUUUGGCGCUCGCGGUGGGCGGCGUGUGCGAUUAG